CUCGAAAUUACGAAUUUCCCACAAAUUCUCAAACACAAACAGAGCAGAAGACGAGACAUUAGAGUUCAGCCAGUUAAGAGCUUGAUUAUAAUAGCCCGGCCAUGGAUGAUUCUCUGCUCGGAGGCGUGUCCCGCUCAGGGCGUAUUCGAAAAAAGUCCUCCAAGUUAGCCGAUUUCGAGUCGCCCGACGAAAUCGAAGAACCCAUUGUGAAAAAGAAACCCGUGAAAGAGUUGAUCCCCUCCGCCAACCCGAUUGAAUCCAAAGCCAAGAUCGAAUACACCUUGACGGAUUUCGAAAACGCCCCCGACCAGCAGGAAGACCUUGAUGACGAAGAAGAUGGAGGCGGUGCCUUGCUUAUUGAUGAUACACGUCGAUCUGGAGUGAAACGCAAGCGGAUUCGAGCGAGGCAGAUAAAGCCAAAGCCGGCAGUCCGUUUCUCCAAGAAGAAACGAUCACCCGUGAGCUCCAUUGGCUCUCCCAGCGCCAAUAAUGGUUGUCACUUUCGAGUGGUUCCCCGCCCUCGCUCCGGUCAAAUCGCUUUGGCCGGAUCGUUGUCCGUGUUGAUGGACUCCUUGCUCUGUGCUGGCCCCUUAAUGUGCCUGACGCAACAUGUGCCAGAGCUCAACGGCGUCCCUCCCGAGGAGUUGAAACAGAUUCUUGACAAUGUGGCCUAUAUCAUGCCGGGUUUGUGA